AUGUCCUCGACGGCGACGAAGACAAAGUCAGACGUAAAGGUGCUGAAGGGGCAAGAAGGCGCGCGUGCAGCGGAGGAUGCUGUCCUAGCAUACAUCAAGCAGAUGAACAGACCCUUCGGGGCCGUCGACGUAUCCGCUAACCUCAAGGGCGCCGUCACGAAGCCUCUGACGCAGAAAAUCCUGGCAGCGCUAGCGGAGAAAGGAGAAAUCGUGCAGAAGACAUACGGGAAGAUGAAUUACUAUGUCGCCGAUCAGUCAAAGCUGGAGACGCUGCCGCAAGAGAAGAUCGCAGAGCUUGAGAAGCAGCUAAAGACGACCGAUGAAGAGCUCAAAGCCGCGGCCGGAGAUUUACGACUAGCCACCAAUGAGCUCACAAAGAUAAAGUCGACACCCAAAGACGAUGAGCUGGACGUACAGAUCGCGGACAUGACCUCGCAAACAUCGAAAGUGGAAGCGCACCUCAAAACCCUACGCGCGGGCACGACGCUCAUCUCCGCCGAAGAGCUGGCCAAGAUCGAGGCCGAGUGGGGUAAAUGGCGCAGCGAAUGGGUGCGCAGGAAGAAGAUCUUCAUCACAUUCUGGGCCAUCAUCUCCGACUCGAUGACGCCGCAGGAGGCAGAGAUUGUCCAGGAGGACCUCGGGAUCGAGCGAGACACACCAGAGCAUGUCAAGUUGGAGAGAAGCGCGCUUUGCCAGCAGAAGAUGGUACCAGCGAAGCGGAAGCGGUAG